AUGGGUACACAAAGUGGAAAUCUGAGUCAAACCAGUAGCUCAAGCCCUUCUAUUAGCUCUGUCAUGCAUAUAGAGUGUACUGAAGCUUUAGGGCAGUCCCCUUUAGGACCACCCACUCAAACACUCCCACCUUCAGCUAUAGGUUCAGGUUCAGGUGUUGAAUCUGAACUUGACAGUGACAACAUACAACACCCUGCUGUAAUUGGGCAGAAAAGAAAAGAACCUGCUAACAAAAGUCCUCUUUGGGCACAUUUUACUAGAUGUAAACUCCCGAACUCAGACCAAAGAGAUACAUGUUGGUGCACCUGUAACUAUUGUAAUGAGAAAGUCUUGUGUGAUAGUAAAAAGAAUGGGACAAGCUCAAUGUGGUCACAUACUAGGAAAUGUGGCACUCAUCCGUUAUACGCAGAAUCUUAUCACAAGCAGGCUAAGUUGAAUAAGGAUAAUGUGAGUGGAGCAGCAACAUACCAUAAGUAUAGCCGGAAGAGGUGUGAUGAUAGGUGCAUAGAUAUGAUUAUCAAGGAUGAACUUCCUUUUAGGCAUGUAGAGAAAGAAGGAUUUGAAGCUUUCUGUAAAGAAUUGGAGCCUCAAUGGCCAGGAAUGAACAGAAAGCAGGUUGCUAAGGGUGUCUUAGAUAGUGACUGGAAAUUGCACAAAAGGAUCAUAAACUUUUGUACAAUUACUAGUCAUAAGGGAGAGGAGAUUGGAAGGGUAGUAGAGCAGUGUUUGAGGCAGUGGGAGAUCACUAAAGUGUUUACCAUCACGGUAGACAAUGCUAGCGCUAAUGAUGUAGUUGUGGCAUACAUGAUGAGAAGGUUGAGGGGUUACAAGACUUUGAUGUUUGGGGGACAGUUUUUACAUUUAAGAUGUGCAUGCCACAUCAUAAAUUUAAUAGUUAGGGAUGGUUUGAAGGAGUUAGAAGCUGGGAUUGAUGCUAUAUGGAACUGUGCUAAGUAUGUUAGGAGUUCAUCGCAAAGACUUGACAAGUUUAGGGAGUUUGCUGUUUUGGAACAAUGCAGGGCAAAUGCCAAUGUUCCAUUAGAUGUAAUCACAAGAUGGAAUAACACAUAUCUCAUGCUUGAAGCUGCACUCAAGUAUGAGACUGUGUUUGGAAGAAUGGCUGAAGAAGAUAGUCAGUUUAAAGCAUAUUUCGAUGAAACUGACAAAAAUGGCAGAAGUAGGGCUGGACCCCCAUCUAAUGAGGACUGGAGGAAUGCACAAGCCUUUUGCUUGUUCUUGAAGAAGUUCUAUGAAGCUACGGUGAAGCUUAGUGCUUUGAAAAAAAUCAUAACAAAUAUAUUAUUUGUUGAAAUAAUAAGUUUGCAAACUGAGAUUGACAAGGCCAUGAAUGCAGAAGAUGAAGUUUUAAAGAGGGUUGCUACUUCAAUGAAGACCAAGUUCAACAAAUAUUGGGGAAGCUUCGAAUCGGUGAACAAGAUAAUCAUGAUAGCUAAUGUUCUUGACCCAAGAUACAAGCUACAGUGGGCAAAAGUAGCUAUGGAAAAGGUCGAUGCAAGCUAUGAAACGAUUAACUCAAUACAAGGGGACUUGAAGAAAAUAUUGUUGAACAUGUAUGAUGAAUAUAAGGGCAGCAAAGGCAGCAACCAAACUGAACAAAGCAUGGCAGAAGAUUUUGGAUUGGAUGGGGAUGAUGACUUGGAGAACCUUGAUGAAGUGAGCAGGCAAAUAGCAAGGGAGAGGAUGGCUGAGCAAUCCCAAUGCAUAAGAAAUGAAGUUGAUCAAUAUUUAUCGGAUAAGUAUGUCAGCCUUUUGGCAAAAAAUUUUGAAAUUCACAAGUGGUGGAAGGCCAAUGAGCAAACCUAUCCAGUCCUAUCAAAGCUAGCAAAGGAUAUUUUUGCUAUUCCACGCUCAACAGUGGCUUCGGAGAAUGCAUUCAGUUUAGGAUCAGGAGUGGUGGAUCCUUUUAGAGCUUCAUUGUCACCAAAAAUGGUGGAAGCCCUUGUUUGCACUUCGGAUUGGUUAAAAUCUUAUCCCCCAAACUUCUAUAAAGAUCCCACUGAAGAUGAUCUUGAGAUGUACCACACUUUGGAGGAACUUGAGAGGGAUAAUGCUUUUAAUCAGGGAAUUGAUGCAUCAUCAAUUAACAGUACCACUUCUGUUCAAACUGAUGUCUAG